AUGGUUGGAUGCAUGGAUGCAGACGAUGGCAUGUGGCUCAGCAUGCUAUCCUACGAGCGAUUUAUCAGGCUAGAUGCUCAAGGCAACAUUACUCACCAGAUUAAGGUGGACGGGCGCGCAACUGCAUGUACCCUCGACGGUGAGGAUGGUCAGACACUGUUUCUUGUGACGAACAAAGUCCCUAGCGAUGAGAGUUCUUUUCAGGCGAUGGCAAACAAGCGUACUAAGUGUACUGUGAGUACAGCAAAGGUUGAUAUUCCGCGAGGCGCUGCACUUCCAUGA